AUGGCAAAAUACCCAUCUUCAAAUUUUAAUAGCUAUUCAGAUGAGGAUCCUGAAGAAUUUAUUGAUUUUUUUUACUUAUAUCUUAUAGCUAUAGAAAUUAAUAUAUUAGCUAGACACACUUACAGAGUUCAAGCAUAUGGUCUUUUUGAAACAUUAGUACAACUUGGUGUAAAUUUAAGACAUGAUGCUGUGGGCCAGGCUGGAAAUAUUGUUAUUUCUGCUCAUAUAGUAUUUGAUGAAGAUUGGUCUUUUGCUAAUAGGCACUCAACAGAUCAAUUAUCUAAUAUGCCAAAUGCUAAUGCUAGACAAACUAUAGUAGCAGAUAGAAUCUGA